ACUCGGUACUGACUCUACUAUAUCUAAUCAUAAACUGACUGAAGAUAUUAAUACAUAACGUCUUGUCGCGAAUUUAAGUUCAAUGUCGCAACUGUACUUUUGUCAUUUUAUAUGUCGCAAGCAUAUUGAUGAUCCGAGUCACCUGCGGAUAGCCCCCUCUCCACAACCCAUCAUUCCACACCACGUUAUUUAAUUUACUUUCAACUAUUUCGUAUAAUUAACAUAGUAUAAUACUUCCUAUAGUAUAUAUAAUAUCAUGAGUGAAUCAUCCAAUACCAACAGUGCCACAACAAUUGCUCAAUUGGAAGCCAAAGUCGCCGAAUUGGUUUCAUAUGUUGAAAAACAACUGAAAUUAAUUGCAACCACGGGUCAGAAAGUUCUUGAUUUAGAAGUUAAAGAUAUUAAAACCAAAUUGAAUUCUGCAAAUACACCUCAAUCUUCUACCAAGCUCAAUUUGGAUGAUUAUAUCACCAAUGAGGAUAUAGUUCAAUUAGUUACUGAAUUACAAUCUCUGUUAGAUAAGAUUGAAGAAAGGUCUACAGUUAGAUUAUUUAAUAAUAGUACGGUAAAGGAAGAUUCUGAUAUAAUCGAAGUUAUCACUAACAAAGAUGGGGAUACACCUGAUUUAGAUACAUUCCCCCAUACAUUAGGAGAGUUUAAGAAAUUGAACAAUGUCGAUUUAAUUCAAUUGGGAUUAUUCUAUGAAAUCAUUACUCCACCACAAAUUAAAGAUGUGGAUCUUAUUACUAAUCCUGAAACCAAACCAUCUACGGGAGCUUUAAAGAAUCAUAUCGAUGAGAUCUUGGUCAACUUUACCGAUGAAGAUUACAUUGAUGUAUUUGAUGAUUUGGCUCGUAAUUUCGGAAUAACCUAUAGAAAGAGUAAAUAGGUAUGAUCAACAAAAUUUACUAAAAUUUACUAAAAUUUACUAAAAAUUUACCAAAGAUUAUAUCAACUUAUUAACUAUAAUUUACUAUGCUUACAUAUACCUAAUUCAAUAGUAUUUAAUAAGUAGUUAAUUUAAUAAGUAGUUAACCUCUGACUUAUACGUAGUUGUAUU